UUGAUUUCAAGACCCACCCCAAGGGUGGAGUCUGGCUUUCUUUCCAGUCUUGGCUGACUUACAGCUCAUUGCAAACUAGUAGCAAUUUCUGAGUCUCACAGCCUUUCUCUGUCUGGUUCCUAAGCACAUAUGUCAAGGUCUGGCAGGCACAAGGUUAUCGUCUGAAUAUUUGGAUCUUGCUUUUUUUGGAAGUGUUCCCUUGCAUUCUUAACGAACCAUGGACAUCACUGGGUUUCUGAAGUCUCAGUUCAUUUGUCACCUUCUUAUCUGUUAUAUAUUUAUAGUAUCCGGACUAAUAAUUAACUUCAUUCAACUCUUCACACUUAUACUCUGGCCAAUCAACAAGCAGCUCUUCAGGAGGAUCAAUUGCAGGCUGGCGUACUGCAUUUCAAGCCAGAUGGUGAUGUUGCUGGAAUGGUGGUCAGGCACUGACUGCACCCUCUACACCGACCCAGAAAGUUACCACAAGUACGGGAAAGAGAAUGCCAUCGUCAUCCUUAAUCACAACUUUGAAAUCGACUUUCUCUGUGGUUGGAACUUUUGUGAGAGAUUUGGGGUUUUGGGGAGUGCCAAAGUACUUGCGAAGAAGGAACUCUCGUACGUGCCUGUCAUUGGCUGGAUGUGGUAUUUCCUGGAGAUCGUUUUCUGCAAGCGUAAAUGGGAGGAGGAUCGGAAAAUAGUCAUGCAGGGCUUGUUCAACCUCCGGGAUUACCCAGAAAACUUUUGGUUCUUGAUUCAUUGUGAAGGCACAAGGUUCACAGAGCAAAAACACCAAAUCAGCAUGCAAGUGGCUGAAGCCAAAGGGCUGCCCAAGCUCAAGUACCAUCUGCUACCACGGACAAAAGGAUUUGCUGUCACCGUGCAGUGUUUGAGAAAUGUAGUUUCAGCUGUAUAUGAUUCCACGCUCAAUUUUAGAAAUAAUGAAAAUCCAACUUUGCUGGGAGUUUUAAGUGGGAAGAAGUACCAUGCUGAUUUGUAUGUAAGACGGAUUCCAUUAGAAGAAAUCCCGGAAGAUGAACAGGAAUGUUCCAAUUGGCUCCACAAACUCUAUCAAGAAAAGGAUGCCAUUCAGGAAGAAUACUACAGAACAGGAGUCUAUCCAGAAACUCCCAUAGUGCCACCCCGGCGACCAUGGACUCUUUUGAACUGGCUUUUCUGGGCCUUGUUGCUGCUAUACCCUUUAUUCAAGCUGCUCAUCAACAUGGUCAGUAGUGGAUCAUCACUGACGCUGGCCAGUUUUGCAUUUGUCUUCAUUGUGGCUUCUGUUGGUGUCCGAUGGAUGAUUGGGGUGACAGAAAUCAACAAGGGCUCUACCUAUGGCAACAACGACAACAAGCAGAAACACAAGUAACAGCUCCAGAGACUGCUUCAAUCCAAAGGGAACAGAUGCAACUUCUGAAAACUUUAAAGUGCAUAUCAUGGUCCUUCAAGUGAGAGGAAGGCAGGAUGAGGUGAAUGGCUGCUGUAGUUACCUGAACUUGUGCUCUUUAUUUCUACUUCUUUCCCCACUCUAGGGUUUUGAUCUGGAUUUCCACAGUUGGUGAGACAUGCACUUGUUCCAAUCCCCUUUUCACACUGGGUUUGCGUGCAUCUGUUUUGGCUGGUUUCGUAUGACGUCUCUUGUAGGUUGAGGAAAAACAUGCAUCUAGCUUGAGUAUGGCAAAAGGCUCACCUGGGCACUGGCCUGGGGGUGAUGGCAGGCUCUUCUCAACCUGCUCUAAAGAAUGGCAGACUAGGUCAGAGGAGACUUCAUUCCCAGAAGAUUAAGAUGGAUGCCUGUUUACAGCUAGACUGUGCAUUCACAAUGUAAUAAUGUCACUGUUAAAUACAAGAUGAUGCUGCACCUGGUUACACUACAGUCUGACUGAAACAACCCUGCUGGAGCAAAAGAGUUUCAGGAGUUCCUCUGUAUGUAUAAAGCCUUCAUAUCAGAUCCAUAAACCAAGCUUCUGCUGCAGUUGGGCAAAUGAGGGAGGGAAGAAAGUGUGUAAGAGUCUGUCCCUGCUUUUCAGUUGCAUCAUAGGAAGUGGAAUUGGGCUUCAAGUAUA